AUGUACAUAUCGGCGAAACAAUUGUUUGUCACACACAUAAAAUUCAAAUCCCGUGUUGAAGUACGUGGGAAGAUGAACAAGAUUAACUUGAUGACUUAUGGAGAUGGGGGAAUUUACAAGAAAGGCCUCCGGCUUCACGAUUUAAACCCUCAGCGGGCGAUACAGAGCAUAUCUAAGAAAUUCAAAUACAACAGAAGUACAGAUCAACUGAAAGGAAAAGGUGAAGGAGUCCCUACGAAGACUCAAGUUUCGAGAGCACCCGGUCCGGCUCGACUGUGGAGCUCAGUUGCUACUGGCUGGGGGCGCAAAACAGAAAAUUGGGAAACAAUCCAACCGGGGGAUUGUUUGACUAUUCCACAUGGCAGAGCCAUUCCUCAAUUCACCAUGUGUCUAGGGAACGAGCCGUCCAACUGGGGAACUAACUCUCAGCCAGUACGUACAGCCGAUACAGUCAAAGCUUGUACGCUUGAAAUACCAGUCCUACGCGCGCAGACUACCUCAAAUCCAGGGUCCACAGCAACAUCUCCUCAAGGAUGUCCUGAACUCAAAUAA